AGGAGGGUGGGUGUCUUAUGCAAAGAGUAUAAUAAGUAUAUACAGGAAUUUAUUUAACAUUCAAUAAUGGCAUCUACCUCCAAAGAUACUGUUUCCACAAAUGUAACCAGUCAGGAAGAUAUUGACGAUGACUUGCUACCAGGCGCUUGUCCAGAAAGCGUUCUCAAUCCUACAGAUUCCUUCGAAGAGUUCGAAACAGAAAUGAGUUCCAAUCCCCAAGAAAGACAUUCUUCACUCACGACAAAGUGUAGUACUAUCAGUGAAAUUCAAAGCGAGAUAGGUGAAUCAUCAAAAGACAUGAAAACAGUGAAAUCCAGUGAUGAUUUAAAGGGCAAAGAUGAAGCUAUGUCAUCAUCAGCAAGUAGUUCAAACCUAACAGAUCAGAAUGGAGACGGUGUGGAUAGUGAUAAAGAUGAAUAUUUACAAUCGCCAGAAUUAGUAAAUAAAGAGAAACAUGUAUUCAUUCUGAGCUCUGCGGGAAAGCCGAUAUAUUCAAGGUGUUUGUUAAAUAAACCUUCUUUUUUUAUUUAUUUUAUUAAAUUUUGAGAACAAAUACAUACUUAACAUGUGUUUGUAUUGUUAUAAAAGAAAAUUAUAUCAAAGGUGCAAGACAUCUGGUACAACAAUCAUAGAUCUGCCUGCAAAGCCUGACAGUUAUGAUAAAUCUUCCUUAGGAUAUGAAAGGACCAUAUACAGGAUGUGCAUUAAAGACAAAUCAUAAUGAAAAGAUUAUAGAAUUUACAUAUAAAACUAUUUUUUCUUGCACUUCUAUUCUACUUGAUAGAUUUUAAACAUUUUAUUUUACUUCAACACCAUUUUUCAAGGGACUGCGUGUAUUGAAGGAUAAGGUGAUAAUCCUCUUUUUAUAUAUUAUGUAAUUAAUAGAUUUUCAAUUUUUAUUUUAAACAUUUGCCUAUGUUGCACAUACUUUCCAAACAAAAGCAAUAAAAGUGGGUUUAAAUUUGUUUUCCAAUAAUUGAACUAAUAUUAUAUAUUGCCCAAUGGUCUUCAAUUAUAACUCUGCAGGUUUUUUUAAGCUUAAAUUUUUGCAUCUUUAACAUUGCUCAUUGCCGGUCCAGUGAUUUGAUAUAUGAUCAUUUAUUAUAUCAGGAGAUUAUGACAUAAUUCUUUGUCACAUAUAUAUUCUUCAAAAGUUGAAAACAAGAGUUAACAACCAGUGCAUGUUGCCGGUGAUGACAUAAAGUUCUGAGAUGUGAUCCUUCACUCCUGGCUUAGUGAUGAAGCUCAAGAUACCUGCGGAUAUCCGCAGUAGAACACGAGUAACCAACAUUGUUUGUCAGACCAGUGGCAAUGUGCUGGCCAUAUAACUCGAGGAAUGGACAACCGAUGGGGAGGAAAGAUUCUCGGGUGGCAGCCUCAUACAGUUAAGCAAUGGUCUACUAGGUGAUAGGUACCACCCUCUUAACUAUUUCUGCCACCAAAUGCAGUGUUUUCACUGCAGCGUUCUGGUCUUAAGCAAGAAGAGCAAGAAGGCAAAGGCAACCCCUGCCACGCUUUCCGUGGAUUUCUGCAAUAUCAGGGGAUUUCAUUCAAACCUUAACGCCGUCCACUACUAUCUGGAGAUAGCAAAGCCGGCCUUGCUCUUUCUAACCGAGACACAGGUGUCCUCUCCAGCUGAUACUUCGUAUCUCUCCUACCCAGGGUACAAAUUAGAACACUCGUUUGUGCCCCGUGCUGGAGUUUGCGUGUACGUCAGAUAGGACAUCUGUUUUCGACGCCUCGGCAGUCUUGAAGGUAAGGACCUGUCCACCCUAUGGCUACGCGUAGACAGCGACUACUUUACUUCGCCUACGCGGAUUCCAGAUGUGGAGGAUCAUGUACCUUCCCUGGUGGACCUUCUGCUGACCUCUCAUCUGGGCGGAUAUCAGAUCUCCGUCGAUGCCCCUCUGGGCUCUUCGGACCAUUGUCUGAUCCGGAGUAUGGUGCCACUCACGCUCCCAUCGCAAUUGCAAUCUGCAGCUUGCCGCCGUGUUUGGCACUAUAGGUCGGCCGAUUAGGAUGGGAUGCGGUCUUUUUUUGUAUCCUACUCUUGCGGGCGGGUUUGCUUCUCGCCGGAUGAUCCCAACGUUGUUGCUGAUUCUGUCGCUGAUGUGGUACUUCAGGGAAUGGAAUUAUUUAUUCCAUCAUCUGUGAUGACUAUCGGAGGUAGAAAUCAGCCAUGGUUUGGUCAUUCCUGCAAAAUUGCAUCACGCUAUAAGCAGGAGUGCUACCGAACCUGGGCUGACGCAUCAACGUCCCGCGAUGUAAACACUAGCGCUCUUAAAAAGAAGUAUAAUUCCGCCUCCCGGUCCUUUAAAAGUGUCAUUGCCAAGGCAAAGUCAGAGCACAUCGGCAGAAUUGGCGAGAAACUAGUUCGCCUCCCUUCGGAAACACGUACAUUCUGGUCUCUCGCCAAGGCUGUCCGAGAAACUUCUGUCAGCCAUCUCUGCCAUCUCUGCAUAGGGUGGACGAUUCACUGGCCCAUGACGCAAAAGAGAAAGCCUAUCUGCUAGGCUCUCUUUUUGCUUCCAACUCGACUCUAGAUGACGGGGGGAAUACACCACCGACCAUCCCGUGGUGUGAGUGCUCCAUGCAGGAAGUGCUGUUUACACAGCGCUCGGUGCGUAAAGUACUCCUCUCCCUGGACGUCAACAAGUCGAGUGGACCUGAUGGAGUCCCACCUAUUGUGCUGAAGACGUGUGCUCCGGAGUUGGCACCGGUUUUAACGCGUCUUUUCCGGUACUCCUACUCCCUUGGUAUAGUCCCGAACUCAUGGAAGACAGCUUUGGUGCACCCGAUCCCUAAAAAAGGUGACCGCUCAGAUCCGUCCAACUACAGGUUUAUCGCUAUCACCUCCUUGUUCUCCAAAGUAAUGGAAACCGUUAUUAAUAGCCAGCUCAUGCGGUACCUUGAAGAUCACCAGCUGAUUAGUGACCGCCAGUAUGGUUUCCAUCGAGGUCGCUCAGCUGGUGAUCUUUUAGAUUACCUAACUCAUAGAUGGGUAGAGGCAGUGGAGUCCAAGGGCCUCCCCCUUGGAAUCCCCGUUGGCCGUUAGUUUGGACAUAGCGAAGGCCUUCGAUCGGGUUUGGCACAAAGCGCUUCUUUCGAAGCUCCCUUCCUAUGGGCUUCCCGAGAAAUUGUGCAAUUGGAUCACCAGUUUUCUUGCAGAUCGGAGCAUCAAGGUCGUAGUAGACGGUGCAUGCUCCGAUUACAAGUCCAUUAAUGCUGGUGUUCCACAAGGCUGCGUGCUAUCACCAACACUGUUUCUUCUGCAUAUCAAUGAUAUGUUGCAAACCGGUAAGAUUCAUUGCUAUGCGGACAAUAGCACUGGUGAUGCUUUAUACACCGGCCGUGCCAAUAUUUCUCGGGAAAACGUCGCCAAGUACCAGAACAAACUUGUGUCUGAAGUGACUGACUGGGGUCGACUAAAUCUAGUCCAGUUCAAUCCCCAGAAGACACAAGUUUGCGCGUUUACUGCUAAAAAGAACCCCUUUGUCGUACCUCCUCAGUUUCAAGGCACUCCCCUUGUUGCCUCAGCCAGUAUCGGGAUCCUCGGUGUCGACAUAUCGAGUGACGUGCAGUUUCGUGGUCACUUGGAAGAGAAGGCCAAAUUGGCCUCUAAAAAGCUUGGCGUGCUCAGCAGAGCGGGACAGUAUUUCAUGCCGGCACACCGCUUGCAACUUUAGAAGGCGCAGGUUCGGCCUCACAUGGAAUACUGUUCCCAUCUCUGGGCAGGGGCUCCCCAGUGCCAGCUCCUUCCACUUGACCGCAUCCAGCGCAGAGCGGUUCGAAUCGUCGACGACCGAGUUCUUUCCGAUCGGCUUGACUCCCUGGCACUGCGUAGAGAUGUUGCAUCUCUUUGCGUAUUUUAUCGCAUCUAUCACGGGGAGUGCUCUGAGGAAUUGUUCGGACUAAUUCCAGUCGCCCAAUUUCACCAUCGCACAUCGCGACAAAACUUGCGAUACCAUCCAUACCAUCUGGAUGAUUGGCGGUCCACCAUUGUGCGAUUUAGAAGAAGUUUUCUCCCUCGCACAACUUCCUUGUGGAAUCGAUUACCACCAGCGAUUUUUCCGGACCGAUACGAUUUAGGGAUCUUCAAGAAAAGAGCCCACUCCUUUUUAAAAGGCCGGCAACGCAUCCGCAAUUCCCCUGGUGUUGCAGUUGUUCAUGGGCGGCGGUAGUCACUUACCAUCAGGUGAGCCGCAUGCUCGUUUGCCCCCUCUCCUAU